AUGGACCCACCUUCGCCGAGCCGGGUCUCCCAAACCCAACCUGCAGCCCCAUCCCCGCUAACCUCCUACCGCUGGCACUCAGGGGGUGGUGGGGAGAAGGGGGCUGGAGGGUUCCGCUGGGGCCGCCUUGCAGGAUGGGGGAGGGCACUGAGCCACCAGGAGCCCGCAGUCAGCAGCCAGCCAGCCCCUCGCUCGCUGUUUCGUCGUGUCCUCUCUGCGCCCCCCAAGGAGUCGCGCACCAGCCGCCUCCGACUAUCCAAGACCCUCUGGGGAAGGCAUAAGAGCCCACAGCUGGAGUCAGAACCAGAGCCAGAGAAAAGAUCCCCAGGUCUCCAGCACCUCCUCCUCUACCCAGAGCCUGAGCAGGAGCCGGAGCCACCUGCCCUACAGAUCCCAGAGGCCCCCACACCCGACGUGCCCGUCUGGAACAUUGGGGCCUUCACCCUACUUGAUGGGAGGCUGGUGCUGCUUGGGGGUGAAGAGGAGGGUCCUCGCAGGCCCCGGGUGGGGAGCGCUAGCUCUGAGAGCAGCAUCCAGGUGGCCUUGGGGAACCUCAGGGAUCCAGAUCGGAUCUCUGGAAAGAAUGAGCCAGAGGCUGGUGGCCCCAACCAGGUCCACAACAUUCGGGGGCUGCUCAAGCGGCUGAAAGAGAAGAAAAAGGUCAGGUCGGAGCUAGGAACCAAUGCUUCCCGGGAUGGAUCCCCCAGUGCUCUAGGCUCUCGGGAAUCGCUGGCCACGCUCUCGGAACUGGACCUGGGCGCCGAGAGGGACGUGCGGGUCUGGCCGCUGCACCCCAGCCUCGUGGAGGAGCCCCAUUGCUUUCAGGUAACGUGGGCGGGCGGGAGCCGCUGCUUCUCCUGUCGCUCGGCUGCUGAGAGAGACCGCUGGAUCGAGGACCUUCGCCGCCACUUCCAGCCUAGUCAGGACAACGUGGAGCGGGAAGAGACGUGGCUAAGCGUGUGGGUGCACGAAGUGAAGGGGCUGCCCCGAGCGGCGGCGGGGGCGCCGGGAGUGCGCGCGGAGCUGUGGCUGGACGGCGCGCUGCUGGCGCGCACGACUCCGAGGGCUGGCCCCGGCCAGCUCUUCUGGGCCGAACGCUUCCACUUUGAGGCGCUGCCGCCGGCACGUCGCCUGUCGUUGCGGCUACGCGGAGCGGGCCCGGGGGACGUGGUGCUGGGCCGCGUGGCCUUGGCGCUGGAAGAGUUGGGCGUCCCCCGCGCGCCCGCUGCGGGCCUGGAGCGCUGGUUCCCGCUGCUCGGGGCGCCAGCGGGCGCGGCGCUGCGGGCAAGGAUCCGGGCGCGGCGCCUGCGCGUGCUGCCGUCCGAGCGCUACAAGGAGCUGGCUGAGUUUCUCACUUUCCACUACGCGCGCCUCUGCGGGGCGCUCGAGCUCGCGCUGUCCGCUCAGGCCAAGGAAGAGCUGGCGGCUGCCAUGGUGCGCGUGCUGCGGGCCACCGGCCGGGCUCAGGCACUGGUGACAGACCUGGGCACUGCGGAGCUGGCACGCAGUGGAGGCCGUGAGGCGCUGCUGUUCCGGGAAAACACAUUGGCUACCAAGGCCAUCGAUGAGUACAUGAAGCUGGUAGCACAGGAUUACCUCCAAGAGACGCUGGGACAGGUUGUGCAGCGUCUCUGUGCUUCCACUGAGGACUGUGAGGUGGACCCCAGCAAGUGCCCGGCCUCAGAGCUGCCCCAGCACCAGAUCAGACUGCGAAACAGCUGCAAGGAGGUCUUUGAAAACAUCAUCCACUCCUACGACUGGUUCCCAGCAGAGCUGGGCACUGUGUUCUCAGGCUGGCGAGAAGCAUGCAAGGCACGUGGCUCUGAGGCGCUGGGGCCCCGACUAGUGUGUGCCUCUCUCUUCUUGCGGCUCCUGUGUCCUGCCAUUCUGUCACCCAGCCUCUUUGGCCUAGCACCAGAGCACCCGGCUCCUGGCCCAGCCCGCACCCUCACACUGAUCGCAAAGGUCAUCCAGAACCUUGCCAACCAUGCUCCGUUUGGUGAGAAGGAGGCCUACAUGAGCUUCAUGAAUAGCUUCCUGGAGGAUCAUGGACCUGCCAUGCAACACUUCCUGGACCAAGUAGCCAUGGUGGAUGUGGACACAGCACCCAGUGGUUACCAGGGCAGCAGUGACCUUGCCCUCCAGCUGGCAGUCCUGCAUGCCCAGCUCUGUACCAUCUUUGCUGAACUUGACCAGGCAACCCGUGACAGUCUGGAACCACUGCCCACCAUCCUGCGUGCCAUUGAAGAGGGCCGACCUGUACCUGUGUCUGUGCCAAUGCGUCUCCCACCACCCUCAGCCCAGGUCCACUCCAGCAUCUCUGCAGGAGAGAAGCCUGGCUUUCUGGCUCCUCGAGACCUUUCCAAGCAUACCCCUCUCAUCUCCAAGAGCCAGUCCCUGCGCAGCGUUCACGGCGCAGGUAGUUGGGCCCGGCCACGGACUGAGGAAGAGCAGCCCCCGCGGCUGCCUCGGCCGGUACAGCGCACGCAGAGCGUCCCAGCUGGCCGCCCGGCUCGCCGCCGCCCAUCUGCAGGGCCGUGGCCACGACCCAAAGGCUCACUACGCACUGGACCCGCGCCCCGCGGCCGGCCCUGGACUGGAGCCUCAGCAUCGCUGCCUCGGAAGCCGUCGGUUCCCUGGCAGCGCCAGCUGGACCAGCCAAGGGACAGAGACCAGACGCUGGGCACUCACCGACCCGUGGGCAAGCUGGCGGAGCUGCAGUGCGAGGUGGCUGCCCUGCGCCAGGAUCUGAAGACGCUGUCCAUCCUUGUGGAGUCACUCAGCACCCACAUCCGGGCCUUGAGCGACCAGCAGGAGCAGCUUCGGAGCCAGCUUCGGGACCUGGAUACCAGACUCCGAGAAGGAACCGCGAAAUUGGAUCCAGAGCGCGAUCCUCCAACCAACGAGGGCCACCGGCUGAAAAGUCUGGAAUGCCGCCUGGACGAGAUAGAGAGUACUCAGGCCCAGCUGAAGGAUACUAUCCAGAGCCUGCAGCUUCUUCCCAGGACAUCGGUGUCCCGGAGCCAACCAAUGACCCUCAAAGCACCCUGCAUCAACGGAGACACCACUUGAGUUGCCUAAUCGGCCCUAAGUGCUCUGGGAGCAGAGAGAAGCGGUCUUAGGGGACUCUCCGACCCCUGCCUCAAAUCCACGUGGCCUGCAGUAGGGAGUGGAGCUGUAGGUGCCAACCAGUCUGGCAUUAUCAGGUUGCCCAGUAAAAUGUUGAUUUCAGUAAAAAAGUGAUGGUUUUUUUGCCCCUGUUACCAAUCAGAAAGAAAUUCCUCUGGCUCAAUUCAAUUGUCCCAAACUCUCCCUUAAUUGGAGGUCUCAGGGGAAGGGGGUGACAUAGGAAGAUUCUCACCAGCUGUGUGACCUUAAGCCCGCACUCUCUCAGAUCCUUGAUUUCCUCAUUUGUAAAAUGGAUCUGAAGUCCCUUACACAGUAGAAGACCCAUAGUUUAACGUGCUCGAUGAAAGGUAUUUGUCAUUGUUAGGGGUAGCACUUGAUUCUCAGUGAAGCACAGAUCCCACCUCCACUAACUCCCAGAUCCCAGAUGACAGCAUCUUCCUAGGGCCCCAAAUCCCACACCAGCUCCCUCACACAGUGAGGGCAUGGGUCUGGGAGGCAGGUGAAGGAAGGAGUGGGUAGGUAUGAAGAUGGUUAAGCUCUGUGGGUGGUCAUUGGGAAAAGGAGUGGGCAUUUGAAUCAUGGGUGGGUGGAUGGGUGAGGGAUAGGGUGCAUAGGACAAUAGGCAGAUGAAUAGGUUAGCAUUUGCUGGAUGUUUGCCCUGGUAGGUGAGUAGUUGAGUAGGUGGUUAGCUGGGAUGGGUAUGUCUGCCUAGAAAAGGCCUGGAUCAUAAUAGGAAAUAAAUAUUUGAAUUAAUUAAGUGGUUAUAUGUAUUGCAUGUACAUUUACUGAGGUCUCCUGAGACUUGAGCUGGGCAGUGGGGAAACAGUAAUGAACUAGACAGACAGACUCCUGUCCUCAUGGGACUUACACUCUAGUGGAGAAGACAAACAAACAUGCAAUCGAUGGAUGGAUGUUUGGGUGACUGGGUGAAAGGAUUAUCUGUAGAGAUGGGUGGAUGCUUGCUUGGUUGUUUGAAUAAGUAGGUAUUUACUUGGGUAGUAGAUGGAUGGGUAGAUACACGGGAGGUGGAUGGUUGGUUUGAGUGAGUGUUUGGAUGGAGGAAUGGAUGGAUAGGAUGGACAGAGAGGUGGUCAGAGGAGUGGUUGGAUAGGUGGUUAGGUGACUGGAUGGGUAGAUGAGUGGUUGAUCGACUUAGUGUGUGGAUGAAUGGGUGAGGGGAUAGAUGGGUGGUUGGACAUGUGGAUUAGUAGUGGGUGGGAGAAACAGCUGUCCUAUUACAUGUGCAUUAUACAACUGUGAUCCUGGGGGUUAGGUGGAAAAGGGUGUCUGAGCACUGGGGACCUAGAGUAGCUCUAUGGGCAUGGAGGUACUGAAGUCCAGUGUGCAUAAUGUGGAAGGAGGGAAUGAGCUUAUGGUUGGAAUGUAGCUGAUUGGGAGCAGGGGACUGAAGGCUAAGGACUGGCCAUAUGGAGUCCUCAAUGACCUAUGAGUGACCCAUGGGGGAACUUCUCUGCCCCCUCCCCACUCUUCUGGUACUAUUAACAGGCUCAGCAUUGGAAGAACCAGUGGGGUGAUGAAAAGCCAUUGAGGGCAAGAGGACAAGAGUGUUGUCAUGGUAACAGAGCCUCUCCCUGGACUCUCAGGCCGCGCGGGCCCUUUAAGGGUCACCCGUCUGGCCACUCCCAACAUGGCCGCGCGCCUGCUGGCUGCCCCCCACCGGGGUGGCGCGGGGGGGCGCCCCGGA